GAGGAGCUGAAAAUGCAGAUUUAGCAUCAAGCACAGAUACACUCGGUCUUUCUCUGAGAUACACACAGCUCUGCACGUUAGCACCUCUGCGAGCGAGCCGGGCUGCCCGACCUCACGGCUUCCCCGCCGGCCAGAGGCUGGAGAACACACACUGAUUUGCUGCUUUCCAAACCCCUAAUCAGUGUUUUCCUCUACACAAAGAUUUUUCAAAUAACAAACACCAACAACAAAAACUACAUCUUUUUUUUUUUUUUUUAAUUUGGACCUUCCUUGUGGGACCCUGCUCCGGCAUCCUGCGCGCCUCCUGACACCACUUUUCACUCCCAGAGAAAGAUGAGAGGUGGUUGUAUCUCCCAAGGGAAGGCGGCUGCGGGGCUCCUCUUCUGUGUCAUGGUUUUCGCAUCUGCCGAGAGACCGGUCUUCACGAAUCAUUUUCUUGUGGAGUUGCACAGAGGCGGAGAGGAAGAAGCUCGCCAAGUUGCAGCAGAGCACGGCUUUGGAGUCCGAAAGCUCCCCUUCGCUGAAGGCCUGUACCAUUUUUAUCACAAUGGCCUGGCCAAGGCCAAGAGAAGACGCAGCCUACAGCAUCAGCAGCAGCUGGAGAGAGACCCCAGGGUAAAGAGGGCCUUGCAGCAGGAAGGAUUCAACCGGAAAAAGCGAGGAUACAGAGACAUCAACGAAAUCGACAUCAACGUGAACGACCCUCUUUUCACAAAGCAAUGGUACCUGAUCAAUACUGGGCAAGCUGAUGGUACUCCCGGUCUCGACUUGAAUGUGGCAGAAGCCUGGGAGCUGGGAUACACAGGGAAAGGUGUUACCAUUGGAAUUAUGGAUGAUGGAAUUGACUAUCUCCACCCGGACCUGGCCUCGAACUACAACGCUGAGGCGAGCUACGACUUCAGCAGCAAUGAUCCCUAUCCGUAUCCUAGAUACACAGACGACUGGUUUAACAGCCACGGGACGAGAUGUGCCGGGGAGGUCUCUGCGGCUGCCAACAAUAACAUCUGCGGGGUCGGUGUGGCCUAUGGCUCCAAGGUCGCAG